CAUCGGAUGCUCAUCUCGCCUUGUUUUUUUCUUCACCCGCAUUUACCCAGCCAGAGUGUAUUAUUAAGGAAAAAGCUCGCGCUCGAAGACGUAGUCUGUGUGGAGUUUUUCCAACGUUGUCGCGUCCGUCGUUGCAGUGCUUUUUUUUUCAAAGAUUACUAGAUGUUCGAAAAAGAUUAAUAAUUGUGAAAAUCGAGCAUUUUUUUCCCAACCAUUGGUUCGACUAUAGUUUCGUGUUUUUCAACGCAAAUGUGACCGGUUCGUGGUUAUAGUAUUUUGUACUUGUGUCGUGAGAUUUUUUUACCUGCUGCAUGGUUAAAGUUCUCCGAAGACUUGGUGUUCUUUUGAAAGGCUCAUUGUGGGUGGUGGAUUUUAAACAUCACGUUUUCACGUUCCACUUUCAAGUGAUUCUGACUCACACUGAAUACGAUUGCGUUAUCAUAUCCAUUCACCGCCAAAGAAAUGAUCAACUAAACCAUCCACAUACCAACUGUUUUAAUGCGAUCAAAAAUUUUAUGGCUUAAAAUCUUAACGCGCUAUAAGCCAAACCAAAGCGUUUAGUUUUUCUCUCUCACACUACAGUAUUUAUUUUAUUUAGAUUUCAUGACAUUUUAAUCGAUUAAAAUUUAAUUCUCGCAUACAAUAUGUUAUUUUCGUUUCGAAGUUGGUAUGUGCUGUUAUGUUUUUUCACGUACGAGGUAAUUAGCAACAAUAACGAUGAGCUGGGAACCAAUCCCGCCAACCCUGGCGCUGGCGAUUCCAUUAAGAUACCAUGUGCUCAACGAAAAAACAUAUCGCCUUGCACGUGCGACCAUCACACGACCACGCAAGACCGCCAAAGACCUUGGAUAAAUGUUGCGUGCCAAAAAAUGCACUCCUUCUCGCAAAUCAUCAGCGUUCUGCAGAAUAAAUUCGAUAACCAUUCCGAGAUCCAUUUGGUCAUCGAGUACUCGAAUUUGGAAGAUAUGAAGAAGAAUAAGUUUAGCGAUAUUCGAUCCUCGAUUGGGUGGAUUUUCUUACGUCAUAACGUCAUGACCGAAUUACCAAACUCCACUUUCGACGGUACCAACACAGUGACUCAUCUCGUACUAGAAAACAGCAAAAUAAAUCAGUUCCCAGGAUCGAUAUUCGAUCACUUGCCCAACGUUCAGUUCCUCAGCAUCGGCAGGACGUCGAUUAAGACAGUAACUCCUUCUGAUUUCAAAAGCUUGAGAAAACUCAAGAAUUUGGUCAUCCACGAGAGUGAUUUAUCGGUGAUCGAGAAUGGCACUUUUCCUGAUACUUUGACCAAUAUAAUACUAGAAGAUAAUAAUAUUACAACUUUAAAUCAUACUUUAAGGAAUAAUUUCAACCUGAAGCUGGUCAUUGCGAGGAACAACAACAUCGACUCGUUAAAAGAACAAUUACCAGAUUACACGGCGAACACGAACUUAGCCUGGUUGGAUGUAUCGUUGAAUAAGCUCUCAACUUUACCAGACUCGUUCAAAAAUCUUACUCGAUUGAACCUCUUUAACGGAGCCAAUAACAGAAUAUCGAAUUUAAACAACGUGUUUAGAAAAUUAAACCGAAUGUCCGAUCUGGACAUGGCGAAUAAUCAAAUAAAUAAGUUGUCCAGUCAAGAAUUUGAGAACUGCGCAUCGAUGACCAAGUUGAAUCUAUCCGAUAAUGAAAUAUGGAAUUUGAACCGAUCUCUCGUAUCUUUGGUAUCUUUAGAAUUUUUAAAUUUAACUAACAACAAACUGACUGAAUUUUCAUUGGAGGAGAUUCGAGGCUUGAGGAAAUUACAGAUCGUCGAAUUGUGCCACAAUAAAAUAGAGAAAUUCGUUGGAAAACUCGAAACAGAUACAGCUCCUUUGAACAUCUCAAUAGAAGAAUUAAGACUGGAAUUCAACGAUUUACGAAUCCUGGAAGGAUCGAUCGGAGAAAUCGAAGGUUUACAGCGUUUAAACAUCAGUUAUAACUUUUUGGAAACCAUUCCGGCUUAUUUCCUGAAUAAUUUAACUAAGCUGCAGAUUCUAGACGUUUCGCAUAAUUUAUUACACACUUUGGACGACACCUCCAAAGCUCGUUUACCGUCCUUAGGCUACUUUUACGCGUCUAAUAAUAGGAUAACGGAAUUGAAUAAGAUUUUCUCUGUUGUUUGCUUCAUGCAUUUACAAAAUAAUGCCAUCGAAACGGUGAAACCAGAUUUUAUCGAAGAUAAUCGAUGUAUUUACGAACCCGGAGUCAACGCUACUUUAUAUGUUUUUCUUGAUGGAAACCCAGUCCUCUGCAAAGAAACCGAUAAACAGAUAAUCGCCAGCGUAGAAAAAAGAAACGCCACGAAAAUCGUCGGCCAAUGCCCAAAAGCUCCUAACGAAGAAUUAAAAUACCACGUGAAUAACACAGAUUCAUCUCCAAUCACACUAGUAACAUUGGGCGAAUACGUGUAAUUUGACUAGUCUUUUGCUUAUAUUAAACGUGCCAUAAGUAAAUCAAAUUCUCAAUCUCUAUAUAAGAACAAUAUUUUACCUUUUAUUUUUUACGUAUACGAAAAUUAGGCUAAAUAAGGAUGUUAUCAUGCAUUUAAUACCUAAUUAUGACACGACAACUUGAUCAUCAUCACUCAUAAAAUCUCAAUAUUCAUAAUUAAGUUCUUCAUCAUUCGUUGAAAAAAAAUCAAAAUCGAAUAAGUACAGUUGUUUUUCAAUUUCUAAUUUAAAUUAUUUUAUUUAUUUUAUCGUUGUUUUUUUUCUUCGUAUUUUUAAUGUAUUUUUAUUCGCUUGUUUUAUACAAAUAAUUCGACGAACCAAUGUGCGGUUAGUUUUUUCUCUUUUUUCUUUUUCUUUUUUUAAAAAAAAUAAUUUCCUACCUUA